AUGUCUCACGUCGUUGUAACCAACUCGUUCGCCAAGACGGUCAAGAUCCCCACUUCGCCUGUGAAGUACUUGACCGAAGUACGAGACGAGGCUUGUCAAAAGUUUGGAGUCAGUAAGGAUCAGUUCACGUUGAAGUACAACAACAAGCCCAUCUCCCUCUCACAGCAAAUACGCCUCGCAAAUCUACCGCAGGGCGCACGACUCGAGCUCGUACAAGCAUCGCGAUCACCCACCGUUGUGUCAGUCGCCCUCCAACUGCCAAAGUCUCGCCUUACGCAGAAGUUUGCAAACAACACCUCCCUGUGGGAGAUCCUACGAUAUUUCGAGAGCGGCGAUGGGGCGAACUACAACUUUACACAACGCGCCGUACCUGAGAUGAGCGGUGCAUCAGGCUCUGGGAGGUUGUGCUACGAGAUGCCUGUCAUCACAGUAAUGCCUGGCCACAAGGAGCAGUCGUCUUUCGUUGGGUUGCAGCAGACGCUCAGUCAGCUUGGGUUCGACAGUGGAUCAGCGCUGUUAAAGUUGUCAUUCAAGAACACUGGGACACCACUAGAAGAGGCUAUGAGCCAGAUAUCACAGUACUUCAAACCCGACGAUCCUGCUUCAACUGGUGCUCCAGGUGCUCAUGCUGCAACCUCCGCUCAGGCCGGGUCAGUGCCCAAUCCAGGUGCUGCAGCUUCAGAUGCAACGACAACCGUGGCAGGAGAGACGAUCAGAAACGAUGAGCCAGACACAGAGUCUAUGGACGUGGACACACAGCCGGUAGCGCAGCCAGCGCCUGAACCUGUUGUGUCUGAACUGAACAACGCGUCUGUGGAUGGCAUCAACACAUCUCCAGCGGCAGCGUUGGCAGCGGCGACAUCCACAGCAGCCUCAGAGCCACCACAAGCUCCAGCAACAGCUCCAUCUCAGUCUAUAGGGCCUAUAUCAUCCUCUGACCAACCUCGCAACAUCCAGGUCUUUUCAGCAUCCUCGUCGGCGACACCUCAAGCAGCACGCAAUGCCUUCAACGAGUCUGACUAUCAGCCCACCAUUGAGCACGCCAAGAUCCACCAAAACCAGCUCUCCAACCGCACACGCAACCAGCGCCUGCUAUCCGACAAGGAACUUGAAGAGCAAGAGAAAGAACGACAAGCUAGAGUUGCUGCUACCACUGACAAACCUCACUCACUCCGCAUACGCCUUCCCGAUGGCUCACUUGUGCAAAUGAACCUCACCAAGGCCGACACUGCGGCCAUCCUCUACGACUUCGUAAUGUCUUUCCUAGAGAAGAAAAACGAGCCUUUCGAACUCAAGUACACAGGCCCCACAGGGCGUCUUAUCCUUAUCGCAAAAGACCAGAAGCGGUUGAUACAGGAUCUACGGUUCUCGACGAACGAGCUUGUUACGUUCCAGUGGGCGGAGGGUGCGAGUGCAGAGGCAAGAGCGUCCAGAAAGACGUUGGCACAGGAGUGGCAGGCGAAAGCGCAGACUCUCAAGGUCGAGGAGCCGGUGCGGGAGGAGCCAAAGGCUCAGCCCAAGGGGCAAACGGUCGCCGAGGGAAAGAGGAAGGCAAUGAGUAGUGAGGACAAGGAGAGCAAGUUAAAGAACAUAUUGGGGAAGGGCCUGUUCAAGAGGAAGUAG